AUGUCGUUUUUCUUCUAUAUCAUGUUUCUGCCAUCAUCUGAAUCAGCUGGCCUCUUAAAAUGGUUCUGUUCUUUAGUUAACAUCACCUGGCUUUGUACCGAAGGAACACAGAAAGCUGUGGAGGGUGUUGAAGCGCAGUUGGGAGAUAAAUCACUUGUUAUAAUGUACAAGGUUGUCCAUAAGGGUCGCACUGAGUACACUAUGACUGAUAACGUAAUGAAAUUUUAUCUUCCACUAUCUGUUGGCAGUCAGGUUACAAAUAAUAUAAAUAAGGUUUUCACUGAAUAA